AUGCAGCAAGCAACGCAGCGACCGUCGUCACCCAGUGAGCAGAACUCCUACCAGCCCCAACACACCCCCAAUCUCAAAGACAAAGCAGAGACGCUGCAUCCCCAUCCCCAGCAUAAGCCAUCGGUGAACAAGGAGACCGCUGUGCAACAGCUGGCCCCAGACAAGAUGACAUCUAGACAUAUCCCACGCCUCCGGGCUGUGGUUGAAAGCCAGGCCUUCAAGAACAUCCUGGUGGACGAGAUGGACAUGAUGCUGUCCCGGGCAGCCACCCUCAUCCAAGCCAGCUGGAGGGGGUACCAGCUCCGGCAGAAACUGACCUCACAGAUGAUGGCAGCUAAGUCUAUCCAAGAGGCCUGGCGACGCUUCAACACCAGGCGCCUCCUCCGGUCGGGCAGGGCGGUGGGGAAGAAAGUCCACAAGGAGGAGGGAGACAUUCCUUACCACCCUCCACAGCAAGUGCGUUUCCAGCCUCCAGAAGAGGGUAAGUCCCUUCAGGCCCAGCCUGUCAUGGUAAGCAAGGAGACCCAAUGCCCUUCCACUGACACUCUGGCCACCUGCACACCCCAGGUGACCUCGCCGCAGCCCCAGGGUACUCCACAGCUAGGCAUGCAGGCCCCUGGUGCUGUUGGAGGCUCUGCUGUCACCUUCCUGCCACACCAGACCACCGCCAUCAGGCCUCCAGGCCCAGAAGCCAAGUGCCUGCUGACAAGAACUGUCAGAAAUGCAUGCCUUGCCCACCAUGUAGAAGGGGACAUGGUGAAGACCAAGCAAAUAACUACCAAAGCCAACAAGCCAGGAGCCUCUGGACCACCACCAUCUGGAAAGCAUGUGCAGGCAGUUCAUGGAAUGCUCAAGAACCACGUGGGAGCAGAAGUCAAAACCCUUCCCCACAAAGACCCAGCACCUGUGAUCACCAAGACUCCAGCCCAGUCAAACCCAGUGCCCAGACAUACCCAGACAUACCCAGUGACCAAGACUCCAUCCUCAUCAAGCCCAGGAUCCACAAUAACAACGAAGACCUCUCCUCGGCCAUAUCCAACCACGCUGGUGGCCAAGGCCCUACCCCAGACAGGCCCGGCAUCCACAGUAACCAAGAGCUCAUUCCAGUCAUGCCUGCCAGCCACAACAACCAAGAGCCCACCCCAGACGGGCCCACCAGCCACAGUGACCAAGACCCCACCCCAGAUGGGCCCACCAGCCGCAAUGACCAAGACUCCACUCCAGUCAUGCCUGGCAGCUAUGAUGAACCGGAUUCCAACCCUGCCGUGCCCGGUGUCUGAGAUGACAAUAACCAAGACCUCUUUCCAUACGUAUCCACCGCCCACAAUGGCCAAAGUGCCACUGCAGCCUUGCCCAGUGGCCCCAGUGACCAAGACUCCAGCUCAGAUACAGCCAACAUCCUCGAUGACCAACACUUUAGCCCAGACUCGGUCAGCAGCCAUGGUGACCAAAUUCCCACCCCAGAUAUGCCUCUUAGCCUCGAUGAUUAAGAGCCCACCCAGCGUGGUGAUGCUGGUGGGUUCCAGCCCCCGCACCUGCCACAUGUGUGGCCAUACCCUGCCCACCCGGGUGGUACAUGGCAUGGGCCAGGGCGGUUCAGGCCAGGCCUGGGGCUACAGCAGCCACCGCCUCAUCCUGCGGACCUCUCAGCAUCCCCAUUGCCGGAACAAGGCGGCCAUAAUCAUCCAGGCUGCCUGGAGGGGCUUCCUGGUGCGCCAAAAGCUGAGGCAACAGCAGCUAGCAGCCAAGAUGCUCCAGGCUACCUGGCGUGGACACCACACCAGGUCCUCGCUCAGCACGGAUGCGCUCCUGGGAUCAGCAACGUGGGGCAACCCACGGCACAUGCAGUGGCCUGGUGUCUAGGACUCCUACUGCCAAGUGGGGGGACACCAGAGGAAGGGCCACGUGGGUCUCUGAGUCUAAUGAAUAAAGUCCU